AUGCCGUCAGGCUCCAUCAGCCGGACCGGCGCAUGCCAGCGCUGCCACCGCCGAAAGGUCAAAUGCGACCGCACACGGCCGUCCUGCACGUCAUGCGCGAGGGUCGGCGUCCAGUGCACGUACGCUGCGAGGGAGCACCAGAUACAGCUUCGCCGGCAGGACGUCGAGAGACUCGGGCAGCACAUACGGGACUUGCAGGCCGAGAACGACAGUCUGGCCGGGAGACUGGCCGAUGUCCAACAAGAGCAACGAAGUCCGCAGCAAUCACAACAAACACAGCAAUCACAGCAACCACAGCAACCACAGCAAGCCGGCGCUGACGACGACAACAACAGACUGGCCACCCCGAAUACGACGUCAAGCCUGGGUCUACAGUCCGACGACACCCAGGCACCGGCCGAGAGCGGGGAGAUCGCCAGCCAGGUCAUCCAUCUUUCACUCAACGCCGGCGGAGGUCGGGACUUUGUCGGUUCCACGAGCGGUCUGUUCCUCGCCAACUUGCUGCAAACCCAUAGCCAGCCUGUCGGGCUCUCUCACGACGCUGUUGGCAAUUUUUAUUCCGGCUCCGCGUCUCGGCAUCGACCCCGGUCGGGAAACCCAGCACCCGCUGUGCUCUCGGGCCUGCCGGUGAGAAGCCUCACGACAGAGAUUCUGGACGCAUAUUGCAGUCACGACCGGCUCUGCUAUCCAUUCCUGUCUCCCAAAGCACUGGAUCGGGCCCUGGACGCCGUCUAUGACGCAAGGAACCCGAAUCUGCCGGACCCUGUGGAUGGCUUCCUGAUCGACAUGGCCCUUGCCAUAGGCACGGCGCAGGUAUACAAGCUGAACUGGAACGGCAUCUGGGACGCCGAGGUCCACUACACCCGCGCCAUGACGCGUCUCGGCGACGUACUCUCGCGGGGAGGCAUCACUGCGCUGCAGGCCUUGCUCCUCAUUUGCCAGUACCGGAUGGGCACCACUUCACAUGACACGAGUACCAGUGUCUGGCACCUCAUCGGCGUGGCCGCGAGGACGUGUUUCGAGCUCGGUCUGCACAAGGCAUCAACGUACGCCCCUCGUCCGUCCCGUGACGGCAGCGAGGGAGAUGCUGCCUCGUCCGCGUGGCGGGAGGACGUGGAGACCAAGCGGCGAUGUUUUUGGAGCGUGGUGUCCAUGGAUCGCAUUGCCAGCCUCAUCCUCGGACGGCCUUUGGCCAUCCAGCUGGAGGACAUCGAUGUCGAGCUCCCCCAUUUCGAUAAGCCUGCUUCGGUCCCGCUUCACCGAUCCCUAUCGACUGCGCCCUUGGGCUCUCCAGAGUGGCAUCUCGGGACCUCCGUAUUCGUCCACAUCGUACGGUACAGGCUGAUUUGUGGCAAGGUUCUGAACCUCUUGCACCGGAGCACUAGCGCAAACCGCGAAUCUACCUGUUCUUACGAGGACAACAGGACCGCGUUGGUUGAGGAGCUCCGGUCCUGGCGUGCAGAAACUAUAGACCUUCCGCUGAUCCCGGCCGAUGCACCAUCGCUCGCAUCUCCGGCGAGUAGGUCUAGCUUUCGCUCGGCCGAGUGGAGGCUAUCAACCUCUACGCCAACUUGCACCGCUCGCGAAAGAUCAACUACUCCUGGGUGA